AGCAAAUUACUAAUUUGAUAUUUGUAUUAGCUGUAGAUGGCGAACAUAUCGAAAAUAUAACCUCAUAAUAUCUUAAUUUAUAUUUAAUCUGCAUUUCGUUCGUUAAUUAUGUAUAAAAGUUGUAAAGAGUGAGAUAAUUGUUUUCCAAAAUGAAUCGUAUUAUAGUAGUACGAAGCUAUAAACCAGGCGAUGAAAUUAAUUGUAGGGAGUUAGUGAAAGCGGGCGUAAUGUCUUCUCUAAGUUCGACGUUUUUGGGAAUUGUAUUUAAAGAAUUGACUUUUCAAUUGAUGAUAUUGUUUGCUGCUAUAAUGUUUAUUUUUUUUGGACUGCCCUUAACAGUUUGCGUUUUUGUUAUUCCUCUCGUCAUUUUGUUGGUAUAUGUUGGAACUUAUAUAGCUUUCACUGUGAAAACUAUGGAAGUUAAUGAAGAAGUUUCUAAUAUACCAAGGAUUUAUAUGUCUAAUGCCUUUUCAUGCUUUUGGGUUGCUGAAGCAUUUGAACCUUACCUAAUGACACAUAAUCCAAAGAAUGUACAUUAUACCAUAAUGACAGAACAACAAUUUCGUGAUUCAAACAUUGACAUUUCAUCUCAGAUUAAGAAGAUUGUAGGAACUAUUGCUUUAUGUAAAAGCUAUAGAUUAGAUAAAGGUGCAUGGAUCAAAAGGCUCUAUGUACAUGAGCGAUAUAGAAGAAAAGGAAUAGCUUCAUGCCUUAUAAAUGUUGCUGUGCAAUUUGCUAUUACUGAAGGAUACAGUUGUGCUAAUCUUGUUGCCUCAGAAUAUACAGAUGGUGGCAGAGAACUAUCUCUUAAGAAAGGUUUUGAAUUGCAACAAAUGUACCACAAACCAAUUUUGGGCUCACUUAUAACUGUGUUAAUGUAUGAAUUGACAUAUCAAAUUAAACCUGGUGAAGCUGAUUAUGUGCCUGUAGUUUACACUAGAUCAAUGCUUAACAAAUAAGAAUUUAGAAUUAGAUCUAGAAGAAUUAAAUUUAAAAAGAAAGAA